AGGGAAGGAGUCUGGGCCAGUCUGGGGGGGGGGCGCAGAUCUUAAGGGACAGCUUUGGGGGCAAGGGCCAGGAGCUGCCCUGGCUUCAGUGGAAGAGAUUAAAGCGCUUCGGCUCUGGUUGCCUGCCCAGGAACGGCACUCUUCCUCCCCCCCCCCCCAGGUAAUGCAGGUGCAAUGAACUUCCAGAAAUUUAUUCUUCCCUGAACGCUUAGAAUUCACAGGGCUGGGAGUCCUGAAUUGACAGCAGUCCCAACCCCCGGCCGCAGGGCAACGACUCUGGCAGGCUCCAUUCCGCCCGCAGCGGAGGCACUGGCUGUUUGCAUCGACUCGCAGGGCGUGGGGGGCCCGCCCCGGCGCCCCAACCGGUUCUGCCAGUGGAGCCUCGUCUCUUCCCGCCGUCGCUGCGUCUGUAAGAAGCCAGCGGAGCUCGAGCCGCAGGGCAGCUCUUCUCCAUAGUUCAGCUCUGGGCCUCCCCGUGCCUGGCGCUGGACGCGCCGCCUCCCGCUCAUGCCAUCGCAGCCGGACCCCUUCCAGGGCCAGCGCUACCGGCCCCUGAAGCGCUCUUGCCUUGGCCAGCAAAGCCUCUUUGAAGACCCUGAGUUUCCAGCUGCCCGCUCCUCUCUCUUUUACCAUCGAGCUCCCCCAGAUGGGCUCUCCUGGAAGCGGCCCGGGGAACUCUGCUCAGACCCCCGGCUCUUUGUGGACGGCAUCAGCCCUCGGGACCUCCACCAGGGCAGCCUUGGGAAUUGCUGGUUUGUCGCUGCUGCCUCCUGCCUGGCCAGUGAGCCCGCCGUCUGGAGGAAGGUGAUCCCAAACCCUCAUGAGCAAGACUGGGACCCUCGUCGGCCCCAGAGCUAUUGCGGCAUUUUUCGUUUCCGCUUUUGGCGCUGGGGGCACUGGACGGAAGUCUGUGUGGAUGACCGACUGCCCUGCCAGCAUGGGAAGCUGCUCUUCUGCCACUCGGCUGAGCCACGCGAGUUCUGGAGCGCGCUCUUGGAGAAGGCCUAUGCCAAGUUGAACGGCUGUUACGAGGCACUGGAGGGUGGAAACACAGCCGAGGCUUUGGUAGACUUCACGGGAGGCAUCUCAGAGCUGCUGGCCUUGGAGGAGGGGGCCGCUGGUACUGACCCUGAGAAGCAGAAGCAGCUCUUUAAGCAGUUGAGGAAAGCCCACUCCCGGGCAGCGCUCAUCAGCAGCUCCAUUCGGCCAUUGCCCGGGGAAGGGCCUGAAGCGCAGUUAUCCUGUGGCCUAGUCCGAGGCCACGCCUAUGGCGUCACAGCAGUCCGGACUGUCCACCUCCGACGGGGCCUUUUGGAACUCUUCAAAGCCCAGAAGCUGCAGCUCAUCCGCCUGCGGAAUCCCUGGGGCAGCAUGGAGUGGGACGGGGCCUGGAGUGACAAGUCCCCUGAAUGGCAGCAGGUGAGCAGGCGAGAGCGACACCGAAUGGGAGUCACUGUGCAGGAUGACGGUGAAUUCUGGAUGAGCUUUGAGGACUUCUGCACCCAUUUCACAGACGUGGUCAUUUGCCAACGCAUGAACACAGCGCGUCUCAGCUGCCAGCAGCGUUGGAUCGAAGGCCUGCGAUUUGGGGAGUGGGAUCCUCAGAAGGGGCUUGCUGGUGGCUGCCUGAACCACCAGGACUCCUUCCUCCAUAACCCACAGUUUUUCUUCGAGGUGCCCCAGGCACAAGCUUCCGUGCUGAUCUCACUGCAACAGAUGGACAGGCGGCGGCUGCGGGGAUCCGGCUCUGGGGGGCGCAACAUCCCCAUGGGGUUUGAGCUCUUCCAUGUGGAGCAGAACCGAACCUGGCGCUUGCAUCAGAUCCCGCCCCGGGUGGCCGGUUCCACCUACAUCGACUCUCGCAGCAUUGUGCUCCGUGUGGAUCUGUCUGGGGGGCGCUAUGCCCUGCUGCCGACUACCUUUGUGCCAGGCCAGAGAGGUGCCUUCCUCCUGCGGCUGUACAGUGAGCGCUCAGCCCACCUACGAGAAAUCAGCUGCAACGAGCCACCCACCCCUUCUUGCAGGUGCUGUCUCGGUGCCCCCCAACUCAUCACUUCGGUCUGGGUCCAGCGGGCUAUGGGGCUGGCAGUCCCCAACUCUAGCAAGCCCCCAGAUGUCUAUGUGAGGGUCACCUCUGAAGGCAAUGCCGUGAGAUCCCGGGUUCACAAGGCCGCCUCCAGCCCAGACUUUGACUUCAAGGCCAUUUUCUGCCGACGACGUCCACAGAAGCCCAUCCGCAUCGAGGUCUGGGCCAGGCAGUUCCUGCGCAGCACCCGGCUGGGUUAUGUCAAGCUGCUGGCAGACACCUCCACAGAGAGGGGCACGGCCCAGCUGCUGCGCCUGGAGGGGCCUCACCAGCUGUGCCCCAAUGGCUGCAUUUUGGUGGAGAUCUUGACCAGCGCUGACCUCUUGUCACUGUGAGCAAAGCAGCCCCACUUGGGGCAAGUGGGUGGCUGCAGGCUGCAUUCUCUAUUUCUGGUGAGACCGGACAUUUCUCCACUCAUGUGUGUGCAUAGUAUAUCUGAUGGCACCGAAUGCAGAGUAAUAUCUACAUGCCAGGCCAGCCGUCUUUUCAGAAUUCAUGGGGGGCGGGUUUGGCUCCCCGCCCCCUGGGCUUUGCUGUGUGGCUCCAGACCCCGCUCUGACUGCAAGGCCUGCAGAGGAGCUGAGCUGCCUCACGAUGGGCGAUGCUGCUGUUCCCUGGGAAAUGGAAAUGGGUGGCCCAGGAAGUGGAGGGGUCACAGAGGAAAGAGGUCUUGGCCCCACUUCGCCCUCUCCCCUGCUUCUGCCCGCCUCUGCACAUUCUCCACGGAGACAGGAAAAUUUGUACUGUGAAUAAAAUCAAAGCGCUUUAAAAAUCAA